AUGAUAGCCUUGGCUGGCAUGGUGAGUCGCCUUUCGGUGGUACAGAUCGGAACUGGAUUGUUCUUAUCUACUGGCUCUGCUCUAGCUUCGGCGGGACCUCUGGGUCUGCUCCUGGCUUAUAUCCUCAUGGGAGCUGUCACAGCUUGUAUAGCAUACAUCAGCGCAGAGCUCUCGGCUUUCAUUCCACUCUCUGGAGGAUUCAUUCGACAUACUGCCUUGUAUAUUGAUAAAUCCACGGCUAUGGUUGUAGGAUGGGACUUCGCCUACACUAUGGCAGUGACUAUGCCAGCGGAGAUCACGGCUGCGACUAAUCUCAUUGGGUUCUGGAACCCCAAAAUCACGCCAGCCAUGGGCAUCACCAUCUUUUGGGCCGGGAUUGUCUUCAUCAACUUUUGUCCUGUGAGAUGGUAUGGCGAAUCUGAAUACUUUUUCGCCUUGCUCAAGAUUGCUCUAAUCGUGGGCUUGAUACUUGGUGGUCUCAUACUUGAUCUGGGGGGAGUCAAAGGACAAGAACGGAUUGGAUUCAGGUACUGGAAAGCUCCGUACGAACCAAUCAUUGCUCAAUUCACAACUGGAGCCGCAGGUCGAUUCUUGUCUUUUUGGAACGUCAUGAUCUCCGCCGCAUUCGCUUACAACAACGUUCAAGUCGUCGCUACUGCCGGAGCUGAAACCCGAGAUCCAAGGCGAUCUAUCCCUAGAGCUGUCAAGACUACUUUCUGGCGCGUUGCCAUCUUCUACAUCAUCUCUGUCCUUAUCAUGGGCAUGAUCGUUCCAGCAAAUGCUCUCGAUCUAGUCGACAAAUCCGGUACCGCCGCCUCACCGUUUGUUAUCGCAUUCGAUCGUGCCGGAGUCAAGGUCUUACCUUCUAUCAUCAACGCUGUCAUCCUCACCAGUGCAUUCUCCUCCGGAAAUAGCUGUACAUUUCUUGCAUCGAGAACAAUGUACGGUCUCGCUUUGGAUGGAUUUGCUCCUAGCGUGUUCCUACGGGUCAGCAGAUGGGGUGUCCCCUAUGUCUGUGUCUUUGUCAGCUCGCUUUUUGGCUCCUUGGCGUAUCUGUCUCUCGGAGCCACAGCUAUGCAAGCUUUCGGUUGGUUGGUCAAUAUCGUCACUACCGCUGGUCUGAUCGCUUGGUGUGUCAUAUGCAUCACCUUUAUCCGAUUCGAGCGUGGCAUGCGAAUACAAGGUAUCUCAAGGACCAGGUUACCGUACAAAGCGCCUCUGCAGCCGUAUCUCACUUGGUUCGCUUCGAUUGUCAUUACGCUCAUUCUACUCUUUUGCGGAUUUUCUGCCUUCACCCCGACCUUCAGCUACUCUGCGUUCCUCACAAACUACCUCAAUGUUCUCAUCUUCAUCCCUGCGUGGAUAAUUGUCAAGUUGGUCCGGCGGGAUCGACCGAUCGCCUACGCAGACAUGGAUCUCGAGGGACCAUUGAGAACCUGGGAGGAGGAAAAGGAUUUGAAUGCUGAUUCGAUAUAUGGACGAUUAUCCACUUGGGAAAAGCUGCUGAACAAGUUCUUGUAG